UAUUCUGUCACCAUGUAAGUUAAAUCAACAGAACACAUGGUAUCGAAAAUAAAUAUUUUGUAAUGUGGCAAUUUAAAUUAUUUCAAAAUUUUAGAGUAAAGCACAAUACAAUCGUAAAAUUUGUACACAAAACAAGAUUAAAAAUGGAAAAUGCAUAUGUUCGUUGUUUAGAUGGUGCCGAACAAUUUGAUAUGGUUAUGAAGUACAUAAAUCCUACACUAGGAAUUGAUAGGGAAUUCAAUUUUAAGCGCCAAUUAACUGAACCAGUAGAUACAUUUUUAAAUCGUAUCAGCGUAAAUAUCGAAAAAGUAAUUAAUAAAAAUUUAAAAAAGAAAAAAUUUAAGGAUCUAGCAAUUGAUAAUAAAAAUAAUAUAAAAUUCACUUUGGAUUUAGUUAAUGAACAGAAUGAAUUAAUUAAUAGGUCUCUUACUUGUAAAGAGGUAUUUACCAAUAAUCCUAAUUUACGAAUAUUAAUCGAUAAUAAUUUAAUUAAUGUAAAAAUUAAUGUACCUUGGAUAGAGAAAAUUACACUUUCGCAUACGUUAUUGUGUGGGUUUCCAACAUAUCCCACUAAAUUCGAAGCAUAUUUCGUUGAUAAAUCAAAAUGUAUCUUUAAUUGGUAUCGGAAACAAAACGAUGAUUGGAUUAAAGUUGGUGAUCGUUUUUUCUAUAUUCCUACAGCAUACGACGUAGGCCACAAGUUAAAACUUGAAGUUGAACCACGAAAUGAUACGAACAUUGGACCAUCUGUUGAAUGUGAAUCAACAGUUGAAGUUAAAUAUGGUCCAACUUUAUGUCCAUUUGAAACUAGACACCAGUUUACAAAUAAUAAAUUAUCAGAAAAUAAAUUCCGAGUAGUUACUUACAAUAUUUUAGCAGAUUUAUAUUGUGAUUCCGAUUAUACACGUGAAACGUUGUAUCCAUACUGUCCACCAGAAGCACUUGAUAUAGAUUAUAGGAAGCAACUUAUUUUAAAGGAACUAAUAGGAUAUAAAGCUGAUCUUAUUUGUUUACAAGAAGUGGAUGAAAAAGUUUUUACUUAUGAUCUAAUACCGGUUUUAUCAGAACUAGGUUAUUCGGGUAUUUUUCAUAAAAAAGGUGGUACUGUUACCGAAGGAUUAUGUUGUUUAUACGAUUCCAAUAGAUUUAAAAAUAUCUCGUCAGAAGUAAUAAUUUUUGGUGAACAAAUUAAUAAAAAUGAUAUUUUUAUUGAAUACUGGCGUAAAAUUCGUACAAAUGCAAAAUUAAUGGAUAGAGUUUUACCGAGAACAACAGCUUUACAAGUAAAUGUGUUCGAAUCUGCUGAUUGUAAUAAUGAGAUUUUAGUUGUUGGAAACACCCAUUUAUAUUUUCAUCCCGAUGCUGAUCAUAUUCGACUUUUCCAAGCUGGUUUAGCAAUGACGUAUUUACAACAUUCUAUUGAACAGUUAAAAUUAAAGCACAAAGACAAAAGAAUAACUUUAAUGUUUUGUGGUGAUUUCAAUUCAGUUCCCGAAUGUGGAAUAUAUAAGCUAAUGACUACGGGAAGCGUAUCAGAAGAUGAACCAGAUUGGUCAAGUAAUAUGGAAGAACAAAUAAAAGAUUUAUCUUUACGCCAACCAUUUAAAAUGGCUAGUGCGUGCGGUACACCGAAAUUUACAAAUUAUACAACUGAUUUUGCGGAUUGUUUGGACUAUAUAUUCUAUCAGUGUGAUCAAGUAUCUGUAAUACAAUAUGUUCCGUUGCCACUACUUCAAGAGUUAACAUAUCACACUGCGCUGCCAAGUAUUGUUUUUCCAUCGGAUCAUAUAGCUUUAAUAGCAGAUUUUCAAUGGCAAUAAUAAAAUAAUUUAUUUCGUAA